CCGGAGCAUAAGAAAGCCCAAUAAUAAGUUUCAAAAAGCCCAACAUUCUCACACCAGUUUUUACGAAUUCCGACCGUAACAUAACCAAUUUUACCUGUAAGAAAUCUUACCCAGUCCUUCCAUUCUCUGAGCGGUGGAAAUCAGACACCGGAACGGUGAAAAACCGACCAUUAUCUUCUCUUCAAUCAGGCGCGAAAUAAAUCACCGGCGGCUCUCAUGGUAUAAUAUUUGCGACUCCUUAGGUUGUGGCAGUGCAAAAUUGGAGUUUUGACGCCUGUGCCAUCCUUAAUCAUAUCUGUCUUGUCUGAUUUCACUUGAUAAGACAAAGAAGAUAGGAGCGGAGUAGAAUUGUAUUUUCCUGUGAUUAAUUAAUCUUAACACAAUCACUGUAAAGCAAUUUCCAUGGCUGCCGAUAUCAGUACCUUGGAGAAAUGGUACCUUGAUUCUUGCAAAAGGCACGGUGUCUCACCCAUUAAAUCCGUUUCGUCCUCCUUGUUCAAGGCAAAGGUCAAGAAAGCUCGUCAUGAAGUAACUAGCAUUGUGGUUUGUUUGGAUGACUUGAAGGAUGAUGAUUUCUAUCCUCUCUUAGAUCUGCUUUGCAGAGUUGAUAUUUCUGAGAUCGAUGCGGUUGACGUAAUACAGAAAUCAUCUUGUCUUUUGAGCGGGGAGUAUGUAUUGCUUCUAUUACGGGCGGUAAAUGAGAAGCUUCGUGUUGUUGAUCUCCAAGAUAUAUUGCUAGGGAAAGACCUUUUGUUGGAUCUUGCUCAACAUGGGUUAGCAUGCCAAGUCUUACAGUUAAAGUCUUCUCAUUUUAGGAAGCUCAACCUGGUUGGGAGGUUUAUGCAAUUGCAUACUCUUAACUUGGAUUUCAGUGCUUCGCUCACCAGUUUUCGGGAAGAUUGCUUUUGUUGGAUGCCAAAUUUAAACUUUCUCUCAUUGUGUGAGACAAGGAUCUCUAAUCUCUGGACAACCAGUGCAACACUUGUCAAACUCCCCUGUUUAACUGAACUUCGUUUUCAAAAUUGUUUAUGCUGGGAUGAAUCAGGAGGAUGUUGCAUUCCAUCUUGUGGGCCGGAAAAUGAUAGUGUAGCGCCCAAUGAACAGGGUAUAAAGCUUUUGGCUGAAGCUGCAUCAUCUAACGAUGACGAGAUGUCGUAUCAAAUUUCAAAUGCAGAAGAGCUGGACAUGAAUGACAGUGAUGUAAAUUUUGAUCGUAGAGAACAAGAGUAUUCAUCUGACAACAGUGAAGUGGACUUCUCAACUCAUCAUCAGAAUUUUAGUUCGGCUGACUUCUUGCUCGAUGCUUCUGCUGGUUGGGAUGACUUUUUUAAUCUGCAGAAUCAGGAUUCUAUUGGGACUUCGGAGAAUCAUGACGAAGUGCGUGUGCCAAGUUCGUCUACCUCAUGGCAUAUGCUAAGGAAGUGCAGUUCCUGUCAUUCAUCACCAAUAUGUUAUGAGCAUUAUUACAGAGAGUACAUGAUAGCAUCUCUACCGAAAUUGAAGCGUUUGGAUAACUUGCCAAUUGAAAAGAUUGAGAGGGAGAGAGCCAAUAUAGUGUUCUUGGAACACUUUGAGUACCUUCCAUAUAAGAGAAUGAAGAAAGAGAGUGUGGUCUCUAUUCUGUGCAAGCGUGAGAUCAGAGCGCACCAUAGAAAAGUUGGGACUCCAACACCAGUUGCUACACCAUACAAAUCAAGGAUCACACCAUCAUACUACUCUAGGUCAUUAUCUGCUGCAAAAAUGGGUUCUUCUGCCUGGCCGGCUGUGCAUCCUCUUUCCUCAUUGGGUAAUGCAUCAAGCAAUGGAAGAAGUUUCCGUCCACGUCAAUUCGAGUAUCAUCCAUCUGAUUCAAGCCUUAUGGUUUUUGGAACUUUGGAUGGUGAAGUGGUAGUUGUCAAUCAUGAGAGUGACAAUGUUGUCAGCUAUAUCCCAUCGCUCGGAUUGAUGAACAGUGUUUUGGGACUCUGUUGGCUUAGAAAACAUCCAUCUAAGCUCAUUGCUGGCUCUGAUAAUGGUUCGCUUAGACUGUAUGACGUCCACCGUGUUUCUCUACAAAAUCAUAGGAACCACUUUGAAGCUGGUUCCGUGAUCUUUGAUGACUUUGAUCAAUUAACUUCUGUUCAUGUCAACUCAACGGAUGAACUGUUCCUUGCAAGUGGAUAUUCAAAUCACGUUGCUUUGUAUGAUAUCGGCAGUGGCAGGCGGUUACAGUUUUUGACUGAUAUGCACCGGGAACAUAUUAAUGUUGUCAAGUUCUCUAAUCACUCGCCUUCCAUUUUUGCAACUUCAUCAUUUGAUCAGGAUGUUAAGAUGUGGGAUCUGAGACAGAAACCAAGCCAACCUUGCUAUACUACCACAAGUUCUCGUGGGAAUGUUAUGGUCUGCUUUUCUCCUGAUGAUAAAUACCUUCUUGUUUCAGCAGUUGACAAUGAGGUCAAACAGUUAUUGGCAGCAGAUGGAAGGCUCCAUCUAGAUUUCGGCAUACCUUCAACAGGAAGCUCUCAGAACUAUACACGGUCUUACUAUAUGAAUGGAAGGGAUUAUGUUAUCAGUGGAAGUUGCGAUGAACAUGUGGUCCGCAUUUGUUGUGCUCAAACUGGGAGGCGCCUUAGGGAUGUUUCUUUGGAGGGUAAAGGUUCUGGGGCCUCCAUGUUUGUGCAGUCUUUAAGGGGUGAUCCAUUCAGAGAUUUCAACAUGAGCGUGUUGGCUGCUUAUGUGCGUCCAAGCUCAAACUCAGAAAUAGUGAAGGUGAAUUUGCUGGCAUGCAAUGACAGUGAUAAAGUUCAUUCAUGCAGUCGGUUUUCUCAUCCGUCUCAUGGCUCAGGGGGUUGAUGUCUCUUAUCUUUUGCUCUCCUUGGUUGUGGAAGGACUUUGAUGCUUUUAAUGUAUGUAGUUGUAAUCUUGUAUGCCACAAUUUAAGAGAUCUUGGCUUCGUGUGUGUAUAUACAUCCAUUGUAUUGUAAUGUGCGAAGUUUUUGGACUGGAUGGAUUGAAAUAGAAACGGUAAAUGGCAUAAACAAUAGCCUAAUUUCAUAUCUCGUGUUGUUGGACUGUUUUAUAUUCUCCGCGGCCACAGGUUGCAUUUGUUCAAAGGCAGAGCUAAAGCGGGGAUAAUUACACAGAGAGCAGGGACCUUUCUGUAAGUUUGGCUAGGCAUUACUCUGUAGUUUGUUGUUUUCUAAGGUUGGCCAGGCAGUACUUUUGUAAUUUGUUGCUAUUGCCGAUGGAAAUCAAAUAGCCGGGGUAUUUACGAUUGCUGUCCUGUCCUGUCCUGUCUUUUUCAGUUCUAUAGGCUGGGUUUUGCUUGGUGGACCAAUUUCGCGAGCUUGUGGGGAUUUCAGUGAAGACAAGUGAGGAUUGAAGAGUAAUAACAAUGAUAAUAAUAUUGGAAAAUUCAGCCAUAUGGGGGUUAUCAAUUUUCUGCUCUUGACAAAUGCAAGCGCAAAAAAAGGACCUUUUCGUUGAUGGGAAAAUCAUUUUGAACAUCAACAAUUAAUUUUUGUUCCCCUGAUCCAAAAUCUAGCCACAUCCACUAUUAUGUAUCCCAGUGCAUGGAAUGCGUUCCUUUGUGGUGUAAAUAAAAGAGUUAAUUGUGAACCACGUUACCCUGUCUACAUUAUUGUCUAAUUAAUACUUUCCAGGCCCGACUUGCAGAAGUAUAUGGUCAAGUCAACUUGUGUUUCUUC